AUGUUUUCUACAACGACCAAAAAGUUUCCUAUUCCGUUUUCAAAUCGUUUCAAAAAAAGAAGGAAAAGAAAAAAAAAGCGAAGGAUUUCUGAAAUUUCUUGGGGCCAGAAUAUUGAAGCAGUACUUGUUGGCGUGGCUGCCUUUAUAGCCAAUACCAUAAUUAUUGGAUUCAUUGCUUCCCUUGCAAUCUACUAUGUAGAAUUCAAAGAUGCUUUUUCUGACAGCCAUGGUCUAAUCUCACUCAGUGUCUUCUUGCCUACCGGAAUCUUUGGAUCUGUUGGCUUGCUCAGUGGUAUGUUUCUGAACAAAUUUGGAGUAAGGAUUACAGCAAUCACUGGGAGCCUUCUUCUAGCAAUUGGCGUCGGUGUCUGUGCUUAUGUCCCCAAUGUCAUCUUUUUAUUUGUCUUUCUUGGAGCCUUUGCAGGGACUGGCUGUUCCUUCGUUUACCUCUCUGUGACGAUGGGUUUAUGUUCAUACUUCAAACUCAAGGGCCGUUUGCUGAUGCCCCUUGUGACUAUGGUGUAUAGUGUUGUAAUCAUGGAUUUCUUUGAUAUUAAUCACUAUGCCAUUGCAAUUGGCCUUUCGGAAACAGUGGCUGGAUGUGGAGUUGUAACCAUUGGAUACAUUAUUGGCUUCCUAACAGAAUAUAACAAUGGCAGUUAUAUGGUCAGCUUCUACCUUAUUGCUGCAAUAUCUGUGACUUGCAUGUUACCAAUGCUGAUUCUGUGUUUGUACAAGAGGAGGAAAGUUUCUGUCAAGAACCCCUAG